AUGGUGGUGAAUGUGUACACCCAGACUCAUGCAACUGCAGCCAAUAUCAAGCCACAGGAGAGCGUUCCCAACGUAGGUUAUGAAAGAGACAUGAUCUGUCGGACGUGGGGACAAUAUAAUUACGAAACAUUUGAUGGACUUUAUUAUUACUUCCCUGGAAAGUGCACGUACACUCUUGUUAGAGAGUGUGGUGAGGAGACAGAGCCUAGCUUUGUGAUACAGGUUCAUAACGAUCCAGAAUGUCAUUCCUCAGCAUAUUCCUGCAGUCGCUCUGUGAGCUUGUUUUUUCCUGUGGAAGCAGAACUCAGGUUAAAUCGGUAUAAUGUUACCUAUAAUGGACAAAGUAUUCAGCUCCCACACAUUGUCCAUGAUGUGGAAGUGGAAAGAAUUUCCCAAUAUACUUUGGUUACCCUACAACAUGCAUUCACUCUGGCCUGGGAUGGAAGCACUUCCUCAGUCUAUAUCAAAAUGAGCCCAGAGUACGUGGGGAGAACCUGUGGACUGUGUGGCAACUUUAACGCUGAUGUACACGAUGACCUAAAAACCAGCUACGAUUUAUUCACUCACGAUACAGCGAUCUUUGGAAACAGCUGGAUGGAAAUGGUUCCACAUGAGUAUUCUUGUCCCAGUGUGCCUGCAAACUACCCAUCCCCGUGCUUGACUCAAAACUAUGAAACCCGCCAGAAAGUGCAGGAGAUGUGUAUCCUGCUGCUUGAAACUCCAUUUAAAGAGUGCCACGACUUAGUGAGCCCCUUUCCUUUCAUGGCCAGUUGUUCAAAUGAUCUCUGCAUAGCUGGGCCUGAUAAUCAGGUGCUGUGCCAAGCGUUAACAGAGUAUGCAAGAGCGUGUGCCCAUGCUGAACAUCCUCUGUAUGACUGGAGGGCAGCGAUUCCGAUGUGUGCAGUGGAAUGUGAUGACAAGUUUAUAUACAGGGAGUGCAUCACCUGCUGUCCUGUCUCUUGUAAAAUUGAUAAAAUGUGCAUUGAUAGUAAACUUCAGUGUCUGGAUGGAUGCUACUGUCCGGAAGAUUUGAUUUAUGACAAUGGAAGCUGUGUAAAGGCCUCAGAGUGCCCUUGUGAAUACCACGGAAUGCUCUACUCUCCUGGGCAGGAGGUUCAGGACAAAUGCAACAGCUGUACAUGUAUGGGUGGAUCCUGGAACUGCACGGAAUAUAGCUGUCCAGGAGAAUGCUCUGUUACGGGAGACAUUCACUUUGACACAUUCGAUGGACGUGUGUACACAUUCCAAGCUACCUGCCAGUACAUCCUGGCAAAAAGCCGCAGCACUGGGAAGUUUACCAUCUCGUUACAAAAUGCACCAUGCGGAGCGAACCUGGAUGGAGCCUGUAUCCAGUCAGUAAACAUCAUUGUUGAUGAAGAUCCAAUGAAACAGAUUACAGUGAAUAAUAUAGGAGAGGUGUAUGUGUCCAACCUGUACCGAAUCACCCCACCUUAUUCAGACGGUGUAUUUCAGAUCCAUGAGCUCUCAUCUAUGUUUUUGCAAGUUAAAACUGAAGAUGGAUUGCGUUUGCAGUACAACUGGAAAGAGUUAAGGCUCUACCUGCAGGUAGAUGAAAGUUGGAAGGAAGACACUGUAGGACUCUGCGGAACCUUCAAUGGAAACAUUCAAGAUGAUUUUCUGUCCCCAGCAGGAAUGAUUGAAAGCACACCUCAGCUGUUUGGUAAUUCUUGGAAGCUGUCCUCCGCCUGUGUUCCAGGCCACAGCAUUCCACAGCUUGACCCAUGUGACAUACACCAGCAGGCAGCAUCCUAUGCUUCUGAAAUGUGUGAGAUCCUUAAUAAAGAGCUGUUUGCCCCGUGCCACGGGUACCUGAGUCCCGCACCCUUCUACCAGCAGUGUAAAUCAGACACCUGUAAAUGUGGGGAGACCUGCCUGUGUGCAGCUCUGGCUCAUUACGCUCGACAGUGCAGGAAACAUGGAGUCGUUAUAGACUUCAGAGCUCACGUAUCAGAGUGUGCUGCUCAGUGCCAGGAAACAAUGGAAUAUGGCACCUGCAUCUCCUCCUGCAAUAGCAACUGCCGCUCCCUGUCCUUGUCCGAGGACUGCGGUGAGGAGUGUGUUGAAGGUUGUGUGUGCCCUGGUGGGACUUACUACAACAGCAAAUCCCAGAAGUGUGUGCAAAAAAAUGAGUGCUCUUGCAAUUUCCUGGGAGCAGAAUACGGACCAGGGGAUAUAAUCAUGAUGUCUUCUGGAGCCCAAAUUUGUAAAGAUGGUCAAAUGAUGUACCAGGGUCCCAGUCUUGAUACGAAAUGCCCCCCUGGCCAGUUCUAUUUCAAGUGCAGUGAUUCCUUAGACAGUUCUACAGUGAGUAAAGGAGUAGCCUGCGAAAGGACAUGCGAGAGCCAUCUUCUGAACCUCACCUGCUCCGGACAUGGUCACUGUGUUUCUGGAUGCAUCUGUCCACCUGGGUUUUUGAAACAUGGUGAUGAAUGCUUUGAACCUAUUGCGUGUCCAUGUUUGUGGAAAGGAAAAGAAUAUUAUCCUGGGGACAAAGUAACUUCUCCAUGUCACAACUGUGUUUGCCAGCAUGGAUCAUUUCAAUGCAUCUUCCACCCAUGCCCAUCAAUGUGCACAGCUUACGGAGACCGCCACUACAGGACUUUUGAUGGACUCCUAUUUGAUUACAUUGGAGCCUGCAAGGUCUAUUUAGUAAAGAGUAAUAUCGACUUAACUAUGAGCGUUGCUGCAGAAAAUGUGGAUUGCUAUGAAAGUGGAGUCAUCUGUAGGAAAUCAUUAUUAAUCAACAUCGGGAGGUCAUUCAUUGUGUUUGACAAUGACAGUGGAAAACCAAACCCCUCAAGUCUGAUAGAUAAGAGGCAGCCUGUGUUUAUAUGGCAAGCAGGUUAUUACACCAUUGUCCAUAUCCCUACCGAAGAUGUUACUGUGCUUUGGGACAGAAAAACAACCAUACACAUCCAGGUUGGACCUCGCUGGCAGGGUAAACUGACUGGACUCUGUGGGAAUUUUGACCUGAAGACAGUAAAUGAAAUGAGAAGUCCUGAAAACAUUGAAUCUGCAACAGCGCAGGAGUUUGGGAACAGCUGGACAGCUGCAGAGUGUGUGAACAGCCCCGAUAUCCGCAACCCUUGCAGCAUGAACCCUCUGAGGGAGCCAUUUGCCAAGAGGGAAUGUGGGAUAUUGCUGAGUGAAGUUUUUCAAGCCUGCCACCCAGUGGUUGAUGUCACCUGGUUUUAUAUGAACUGCCUCACUGACACCUGUGGCUGUAAUCGUGGGGGGGACUGUGAAUGUUUUUGCACCAGCGUCUCGGCCUACGCACAUCGCUGCUGUCAACAAGGAAUAACUGUCGACUGGCGAUCACCCACUGUCUGCCCGUACGACUGUGAAUUUUACAACAAAGUUCUGGGAAAAGGCCCUUACAAACUAGUCACUUACUUGGAGAGUGAAACAGUCUUGGCAGCCCAUUUCUCUGGCGCUGCUGCUUUCCCAGUACAGGGAGCUGUCUCCAUUCCAGGAGUGGCCGUGCUCUUUAUGCUGACCCCAGGAUUGUCCAGGUCCAAACCACAUGAUACAACCCUAGUUUCAUUAGAGGCUGCGGAAAGGCCAAAUUAUUUCCUGCAUUUGGGACCCAAUGGAUACCUCCGUGUGACCAAGUGGGAAGAGAGUGACCAAUUUCAAGAGGCGUCUACGUUUAUUAUUCAUAAGGACACUUGGCUUGCAGGCUACGAUUCCUUUGAGUCCUACAUGAAACCUGGGUUCUUUGUUCACUACAUGUUGUCUUCCAUUCACCUAAUGAAAUAUAACCACUCUGUAGGCUUCAGGCAGGCAACCCUUUUUAAACUUGAAGAAGCUGAAUUCCCAUCCCAUUCAACCUGUCAGUGGAGAUAUGAUGCCUGUGUGAGUGCAUGCUUUAGAACAUGUAGCGACCCAGCAGGAGAGGCCUGUAACACAAUACCAAAAGUGGAAGGAUGUAUGCCACAAUGCCCACACAACAUGGUGCUGGAUGAAGUAACACAAAGAUGCGUCUAUCUCGAGGACUGCAUUAAGCCAGCAGUUGCUGUUGAGCCAAUUACUCCCCAAAGCACAGUAUCAACACCUGGAGCUGUCACUUCACCUUCUGUUAACGCUACUGUUUCACUGGGUUCAACCCUAUCCACCGCUGCACCCAUUGCUGCAGCACGAACCACAACAGAAACACAACGCACAUCCCCAACACCCACUUCAUCAACAGAAGCCUCUUUCGUGAUGACCAUCUCACCCAAACCUUUAGGUCCUACCAUUCAGACCACACCAGGUGAUACAACAGAAUCACUUUUUACGACUAUCACAACACUGGCACCUGAUGUCACUAAACCCGAAGGAGCGGUUACUUUUUCACCAACAGUAUCCAACUUGACGUUGGUUACUGAGUCAUUAGCGACAACUGCAAAAACACCUGUGACUUCAACUAGCAUCCCGAUUAGCACAAGUGAGCUUCAGACUACACCAAGUUCUCCAUACACCACAAGAACAACCACAGAAAGCACAACUGCCUCUUCUGCAGCUGGUGCAUUUUUGCAGACCACGACUACUAAACCACCAGAAAUCUCCAAAGUGACAACUAUUUCUGUAGUGCCAGAAACAGAGUUGCUUCCUACAGUGGACUGGACAUCAAGCGCCAUAGAAACGCCAUCUAAAGCCACCACAGUACUGACAAGCACAUCCCCCCGACCUCUCGAGGAGACAGAAAAGACAACAGUGUCUACAGCUGAAGUGACAGGUUUACCUGCUUAUACAACUACCAGUAAAGGGCCAACAAAACAACCAGGGACUUCAAGAGUUACAGAAACAUCUUCUGCAACAGUGGCCCCUACAACAAUGUAUAUAGAUACCAGUACAAAGGUGGCAGAUAAAACUGUUUCUCCACUGACUACUAAAUCCCUGACUUCUGAAAGUACAGUAUACUCUUCUCCAUUUAAAACUGUAAAAACAUCUGCGUAUACCACACCAGAAACCAAAUCUCCUCUUACUACUGAAGCAAUAACUUCAAAAAGUACUGUUUAUCCCCCUCCAGUUGAGACUGGAAAAACAACACUUACAAGUGCAGAAACUACACCUCAACUUCCUACUGAACUGACAACUUCAAAAAGCCCUGGUUAUUCUCCUCCAGUUGAGACUGGAAAAACAACACUUACAACUGUGGAAACUAAGCCUCAACUUUCUACUCAACUAACAACUUCAAAAAGCCCUGGUUAUUCUCCUCCAGUUGAGACUGGAAAAACUACAUAUGCUACCAUGAAAACCAAACCCCCACUUUUUACAGAAUCAACAACUUCAAAAAGUACUGCAUAUGUCUCUCCCCUUGAAACUGUAAAAACAACAGUACAAGAAAUUAAGACACCACUAACUACUAAACCAGAAACUUCAGAAAGUACGAUAUAUGUAUCUCCAUUUGAAACAGAAAAAACGACAGCAUCUACGACACAGCUAACUGUACCUGAAUCUUCGGCUGCUUCUACAGUGUCUGUAGGACCAACAGUGUCAUUAGGAACAACUGCAUACCCUUCAGCAUACACGCAGACUACUGUAGGACCUAUGACUGAGAAAACCACUUCAUCAUUCCCUACUAAACUUACAACCACAACAAAAACGACUGCAUAUCCAACAGAAAGGGUCGAAACAACCCCUGCUUCAGCUGUACCUUUAGCUUCCACAGAGACGGGCAGAACCACACAAGAGGUACCUCCAACGACAAUUGCUUCAACUGAGACAUCAUCAUCUACUCAUCAAGUAGGUGUGGAAACCACCAAAACCACCACUUCCGCGUCAACUAAAGAGACUACAGCAGAAACAGUUGCAUCGACGUCUGCUGAAUUGACAAAAACAACCCUAACGACGUUGCACACAGUGGAUAAAGUGGACACAAAUAUCACAACAUUAGGGACCACCACAGUGUAUCCAUUCCUAACUGAACUCUCUAAAACUACCUUAGAACCUACUAAAUCUGAGACAACAGUAUCAGUAACACCGUAUUCAGUGGCUUCUGAGAAGGUCUGGACAACAAUAACCUCCAUUACAUCUAGUGCUGUAUCAAAAUCAAUAACAAGCUCCACCACCCCAACAUAUCCAAGCUCAACAGAACAUACUGCAGAGACUACAACAACGGGUUAUAUAUUCUCCACAAAGCCUGUUACGCACCCGAGUAUCACACCUCCACUAACCUCUGAAGAGUUCGUUUCCACCGUGGCUACUGUAUCAUCAUUACCACAGUUAACCACCUCCAAGACAACAACUCUCUACCAAACUCUCCCAGAUGGAACUUCAUUAACAACAGGAUAUCCAACAGAAAAGACAAGUACAGGUGAGCACUCAGCCAAGCCAGCCACCCCAUAUCCAGAUACAGCUGCAGAAACAGUGCAAAGCAGCUCUACAACUAGCCAGACUUCCUCAACAACUUUAAUAAAAUCAUCUACCACCAGGUUGCAGACUGUUACUUCACAAACCAUGUUUACCUCUGAACCAACAACUACAGCAACCACCAGAUCUGUAUUUUCUACCAUAAAAAGUACAGCUGGGACAACCCCAGGUAGAGAAAGUAAACAUACUCCCUUUUCAUCUGGUACAACUAUGGUAGAAGCACCAGUAUUACUAUCCACAACUGCUCAGCUGCUUGGUUCAACUCUAUCUACAAGUAAAGUGACAACUUCAUCAGAAACUGUUCAGACACCUGAAACUUCUACAUUGUCAUCUUUAACCACGUCUCAACUGAAAACCGAAGUAACAAAUGCUACAGCAUUUACAGGAAAGGAAGGAGUAUCUACUGUCCCUCCAAAACAAGAGGUAUCUACCACAUUGUUAAGUGCAUCUUCUGAAUCGCAUGCAGCAACACCAGCUGUAACUUUGAGAACAACGGGUACUUCACAGGUGACUCCUGAAACAGUGAGCACUGUUACAACCACAUCUCCAGCACCAAAACCCACUCUGGGUACAACACUUCAUACGACCACACUGUCCACUUCAUCUACAGAAACACCAAAAGAAAAAUGGACAACUAUAGGCAAAACCCCCACUGAAGAGGUAACUGUAUCAACAACGAUAGUACCUCUUUCUACUGCUACCACUUUACUAAUCUACUCUCCAGUCACAGCAAGUGCUGUCACAACUGCAGCUACCACUGCAUCCAUACGGACAGAAAAGCAGACAACCCAAGCAGUCACUCCAUCCAAACCAGUCACGACAGCGAGUGUGACUACCGUGCUUAAUGCCACAGUACUAACUACAACUGGUAAAGAAACAACUACAUUCAUUACAACUGCAGCCCAAACCUCCACUAUGUCUACAUAUAAAACAACUCCUCUACCAGAAACCAGUACUGGUCAAACAACAAAACAGCCGGCUUCUACGCUAGAAUCAACUGCUGCAACUACUCGGGUUACUCCAAACGCUACCACAGCUGCAGAGAGUCUAAGGACCACUUCUUCUGAAUACUGGUUAACAACAUCUAAAAAAGCUGUUAGCAAUAUAACUGUAUCUGUUCUUAGUACUGUUUCACCAACUUCAUCUCCACCAGCAACAACAGCUGAAACAGAGAGUUCUUCUGUAUCAGGGCCAUCUGUAUCCACCUCCACCUCCUAUACAAAUGCAACAGAGUACUGGUCCACUCAGACAACAACACCCCUACUCAGCAGCAAUGAAACAUUGACACCAUUAUCACCUCAGUCAACAAGUGCUCAUACAACAACUACUUUAGUUACAUCAACCAAGAUGUGCACUCCUCAGUAUUCUGAGAUUAUUGAUGAUUGCACAAAAUAUGUCUGCAUGAACGGACAACUGAUGCUGUUCAAUAAAUCCCAGAAUUGUCCCUACAAUGCAACGCCUCCUAAUUGUGGUCUCCUGGGAUUCGCUAUACUGGUGAACGGUGACAAGUGCUGUCCACAGUGGGAUUGCCCCUGUCGCUGCUCUGUUUUUCCAGAUUUAAACAUUAUUACCUUUGAUGGUAAUAGUGUGGCCAUCUAUAAAGCGGCUUCCUAUAUUGUAACUCAGCUGCCAAACGAAACCGUAAGCAUUCAAGUUCAGGAGUGCCAAAGCUCAGACACGCUUCUAUGGAAUUUCACUAACCUGUGCCUGGUAGCUCUCAAUAUAACACACAAAGCACAUCAAGUGCUGAUUGAUCGUCUACAGAGAAGAUUGUAUGUGAACUCAAGGUAUGCGCGGCCACGCUUUAAGAAAAAUGGAUUUGAAAUCUUGGACACUGGUAACAUGUAUUUAAUUAAGACCCCAGCUGGACUCAAGAUCCAGUGGUUUCACAGCACAGGAAUGAUGGUCAUUGAGACAGACAGUCCCAGCCACAAGCUCACCACAAUGGGAUUGUGCGGUUGCUGUGAUGGAGACCCAACCAAUGACCUCACAUUGUUCAAUGGGACAACUGUGAGUGAAAGUGAGGACCCAACAGUAUUUAUUGACAGCUGGCAAGUGCCAAACACAACAAGCUUCAUGGGACAGAACCGCCGCCGGGAAGUGAACUGCUCCACCAGCGACUGCUCGGAAUGCUUAAGCAUGCUCAGCAACCAGACCUUCAGCAGCUGCCAUGCUUUUGUCCCACCCAAAAUGUUUUGUGAAGUGUGGGUUCGGGAUGCAGAGUAUGUGAAGAGCCCCUGCACAGCACUGGCUGCGUAUGUGGCUGCCUGUCACAAGUUCAGUAUCUGUAUAGAAUGGAGGAGUCCUGACUAUUGCUCGUUCAUGUGCCCUCCAGAGUUAAGAUACCAGGCCUGUUUGCCAGCAUGCAAUGCCAAGACGUGCCCAAACCACGAGUUUGAUUCGGAUCCAGAGGAAUGCUCAGGACUAACUGAGGGCUGUGUUUGUCCAGAGGGAACAGUCCUCCAUCGCCCGUACUCUGCUCUCUGUAUUCCCAGUGAGAAGUGUGCUUGUACCGACAGCUUUGGGACUCCUCACGCGUCAGGAGAGGUCUGGAAGGCCUCAAAGGAUGGCUGCUGCAUGUACAAAUGUGACAAUGACUCCAUCAUCCCAGUGGAGCAUAACUGCACCAAGGUCCCGGAGCCUGUCUGUAGCAAGGCUGGAGAAGUGACUGUUAGUCUGGCUGAUGACAAAAGCUGCUGCCCCCAGAAAGCUUGUGUUUGCAAUCAGACGCUAUGCGACCAGUAUGCUCCAGAGUGUAAAUAUGGCGAAAAACUGGUUUCCUACUACAGAGACUACUCCUGUUGUCCAGAUUAUAUAUGUGAGUGUGACCCAGACAGGUGUGAGUCUGACAUUCCAACAUGCAGAGAUGACCAGACCUUGAUUGCUACCCAGACUGAGGGGAGCUGCUGCAUGGCUUACAUAUGCAUGUGUGGGUCCUGCUCGGACACUAUCCCUACCUGCCAGGAGGGAGAGGUCUUCACAGUUGAUGCAAACAGCACAGACAGAUGCUGCCCUCCUUACCACUGUGUUUGUGAAACAUAUCGCUGUACGGAGUACACAUGUCCUUUGGGGAUGUCUGUGGUGACAGUAUGGAGUCCUGAUCUAUGCUGCCCAUUGAACACAUGCGAAUGUGCCUGUGACACAAUCCCUAAACCACAAUGUAAACUGGGAGAAAUGCUUCAAAUUGACAAUGAGUUCCUCGCAGACCCUGAAAACCAAUGUGGCUGCUCCAAAUACAAGUGUGUGAAAGAGCAGGUGUGUGUGGAUGGGGAGCGGGGAGUCAUGCGACCAGGGCAGACACUUGUUGAGCACACUGCUGAGGGUAUCUGCUAUACUACACAAUGCACCUCCCAUACCGAUCCAGUAACCAGCUUCUACAAGAUCCAAGUCAGCAGGACUAACUGCACAGCUCAGUGCGAACCAAACCAAGUUUACAGACCUCCUGACGACCUAACGACAUGCUGUGGAGUUUGCAGGAAUACAUCGUGCAUUUACCAAAUGGAUAACGGAAGCAUUGCUCUGUAUAAGCCCGGUACAACAUGGAUGUUCAACUGUAAGACGUACGAGUGCACAGAUACAACAUCAGGACCCACCCUCAUCAGCUAUUCUAUUAGCUGCCCACCAUUUAACGAAACAGAGUGCAUGAAGAUUGGUGGAACAGUUAUAAGCUACAUGGACGGCUGCUGUAAAACCUGUAAAGAAGAUGGGAAGUCUUGCCAGAAGGUGACAGUCCGAAUGACUAUCCGGAAAAACGACUGUAGAAGUAACAGACCUGUUAAUAUAGUCUCUUGUGAUGGAAAAUGCCCCUCCGCCAGCAUAUAUAACUACAACAUUAACACCUAUGCCAGAUUUUGCAAGUGUUGCAGAGAAAUUGGGCUGCAAAGACGCUCUGUCCAACUUUACUGUAGUGGAAACUCUACGUGGGUCUACUACUCUAUUCAGGAGCCGACAGACUGUUCAUGUCAAUGGUCUUAGUAACAGGCUAACCAAUUAUCCAACAACAGGCUCUGCAAUACUCCACAAACCUCAAGUGGCUUGCAGUCAU